AUGAGAUCCGUGGUCAGUAGUAGCAACACCAAUGCACCGUAUCCAUUUGCUUCUGCCUCCCAAGAAUUCAAAACCAUUCACGAAGGGGUGGAUGAAAGCUCCAGAUACAACAACAAUGCUGCUGGUGCUUUUGACGACUUGGAUCUGGAAAUGCUCAACACAUUCGAGGGGGGCAAUUAUAACACAACAACAACCACCAAAGUAUCACAGAGUGUACCAUCACCAAUAUGCAGCAUGGACAAUCUUCCCGAUGCAACUGCAACGUGCACUGCAACACAAUGUGAUGUUCUUCCAGGCAGCCACAACAGUAGCGGAGAGCCAACACCGAUAGAUUUGGGGGGCUUGCCAAUCGAAAAGAAAAACGAGAAUGCCAACAAGGAAACACAAACAGAAAUAGAUGCAGAAGAAGGCAACUUAUUGCCAUCGACGGAACGCCAGAGUCCUCUUCAAGGUUUUGAAGAGACACAGCUGCAAGAUUCUACUGCAAAUAGAAUAGAUGCAACGAACAGGGCAGAGCUGCCUACCAAUGCUACUACUCGGGGUGCCGAACAUGACUAA